AUUGAAUCAGAGAAUAAACACGAAACACAUUAACAUUCUGAAGUGACUCUUACGAGUGAAUACAUAUUACCAUGCAGAAAUAUCUUAUCGUCUCACUUUGCAUUAUCGCUACAUUUAUUGCAGUAGAAGCAAGACCUUGGUAUGAAGACACUAGCUACGAUACCAGUGGUGAAGAUUCUAACGAUGAAUUCUCAGAACAUGGAUAUUCAGAACAGGCAUUCGGUUCUGGGUAUCGUAGUGAUCCCGGAUAUGGAAAUAGAAUUGCAUCUAACAGCAGAAGUUUACGUGGAUAUGGCAGCAGUAGUUAUGGUAAUAGUGGAUCUAGGGGAAAUGGAGAUGGCAGCAGUGGAUAUGGUAACAACGGAUAUGGCAGCAAUGGAUAUGACAGCUAUUCACGUGGCGGCAAUGAAUAUGACAGCAAUUCAUAUGGCAACAAUGGAUAUGAAGGCAAUGGAUAUGGCAACAACGGAUACAGUAACAAUGGAAAUGGCGCCGGCAUGAGACGCAGUAACGACCGCAGAAAUGGCCACAGUGAUUUCGAUGACAGUGGCUUCGUACCAAGAUCAUGUCCACACUGCAAGAUCAAUAACUUAGGUAAUGGGAAUAACAAUAGACACACCUUCAACGUGCCCAAUGAAGCAUUCAACUAACUUUAAGACGUUGUUGUUAUAUUUAAUUGCAUAAUUCAAUAAAAUAUUAUUAAGUACCA